AUGGUUCCACCUCCAUCACCACCAUUGCCACCAUCCCCACCAGGGCAUCCAUCGGCACCACGACCACCAAUUCCGCCAUUUCCGUCUCCUAUCACUUCACCACCUGUUCCACCAUCACCCCCCGUACCACCAUCUAUACAAAUACCACCAUUGCCAGCGUUUCCACCAUUACCAACCCGUGCUGCACCGCCAUUUCCUCCCCGUCCACCAAUAGCACCAGCUCCACCAGGUCCUCCUUGCCCUCCUUCACCACCAUUACCUCUUAACAGUCCGCCAUUACCGCCGCCACCUCCAAAACCUCCAUUAGCACCCUCACCGCCACUUCCACCCAUUCCUCCAAUGCCACCAUUGCCUAAAUCUGAAGCCGAGCCGCCAUCACCACCUUCGCCCCCAGCAGUCAAAAUACCGCCAUUACCUCCGCGCCCUCCAUUUCCUCCGUUGGAUAGUGCAUCUGGUGCUCCUGUUCCGCCAUUCCCGCCCCUAGCACCUACCAACAAAGUCGUAAGACCUGCACUAUCACCUGAAUUUCCACCGUUUCCACCAUUCCCAGCAUUACCCCCUAUGCAGCCAUUACUUCCCCGACCACCUCUACCUCCAACCCCAUUUCCAAAUCCAUCUCCGCCAUUACCACCAUCACCAGCCGCUCCUCCAACCAGGCACACACCUCCUCCUCCACCAACAGCGCCGUUCCCAUUCUCCCCACCAUUGCCUCCUUGUCCUCCCGUACCACCCAAACCACCGAUUCCUGCAGUGCCACCCAUUCCACCUCUACCUCCUGUCCCAUUGUCCCUUCCAUUGCCUCCUCUUCCUCCCGUACCCCCGACAGCACCCACACCAGCCGCACCACCCAUUCCUCCUAUUCCUCCGUUUCCUUGACUUCCUGCGUUACCACCAGCACCGCCGAUUCCUCCAUCAGCUGCUAUACCGCCACUACCACCCAGUCCUCCUUGACCACCGUCACCCCCUACUUCUCCACCCUGUCCUCCUAUUCCACCAUUACCUCCGACUGCUAGUCUUCCGCCAUUACCUCC